AUGGCCUGGACUCCUCUGCUCCUGGCGCUCCUCUCUCACUGCACAGGGUCCCUGUCCCAGCCUGUGCUGACCCAGCUGCCCUCCCUCUCUGCCUCUCCGGGAGCCACAGCUAGACUCACCUGCACCCUGAGUGGUAUUUCCUAUCCAUUUAGUAAUUACUGGAUAUACUGGUACCAGCAGAAGUCAGGGAGCCGUCCCCGGUAUCUCCUGGCAUAUCAAUCAGACUCCGGUAAGCACCAGGGCUCCGGGGUCCCCAGCCGCUUUGCUGGAUCCAAAGACGCCUCGGCCAAUGCGGGGCUCCUGACCAUCUCGGGGCUGCAGGCUGAGGACGAGGCCGACUAUUACUGUCUGAUUGGGGAAAAUACUGAUUCUUACAGUGACACACAAAGAUGGGGAAGUGGGACAAAAACCUCCACCUCCCCCGAGUCUGGGUUCCUAACAACUGA